GCACUAUUAGAAACAGUGCUAGGAGUUUGUGAUAUGUCUGUGUACCAGCAAGUGUCAAAUUCAGAGAAAUGGAACUCUGUUACCUGGAGAUACCUUAAAAAGGUCCCGGAAAAUUCGACAUUACGAUGUGGAGGACAAUGUCUAAGGAUGGGGAAUGACUGCAAGGCGUUUGCCAUCUACAGUCACAAUUACGAUUACUGUGUUCUUCUCGGUGGAUUUGCCCAACUGAAUCACACGGUGUGGAUGAACCCCUAUGGAGGCUGGAGUGUUUACCACGAACUGAAUGAGAGGCUGGAAAUGCCUGUGUUCCGGGUAUCGGCUGGUAACGGUGUAUCCGUGUACAACUCUUGGCUAACGGGGGCACCCUCAAGCCUCAGUGAGACGAGCAUCUCACGGGACCUAGAUCUCAGCUCACCCCUCAGUGACUUCUACAAACACCCGCUCGUCGACGACUGGAAGAACUGGGGCAUCACAGAGGUCAUCUUUUCGCUGUACACAAACAGUCACGAGGUUGUCCGUCUGCGCUUCAGUGGUUCAGGGACAAGCAAGACCUCCUGGUUCUCCCUCAGCAACCUUCUCUCUUCACCGUGGACAGAUCUGGAUGUUAACGCUGAAGUCAACUACUUUACCAUAUCUCUCGAAAAUUAUAAAGACCACUAUAGGAAGUUUUAUAUCAACUCACAUUUUGGUGGAUGCCACGUGGACGAAGGAUGGUUGUUGGUGCUGGACGGGUCAGACGUCUGUAGCUGGACCUUUAAGACAGCUUAUCCCACUUUUCAUUAUGCUCUUGGUAGUCAGAUGGGUCGGUGGGCUGAUGCAAACCAGAUUGGAAGUGCGGACGACCUUGUGAUAUCUGUUCUUAUUCAGAUGUGAAAGAUAUGCAUCUUCAAUAGACUCAAUAACAACAUAUGCAGCAUCAUCGACUAUGAUGACUUUAUUGAUUUAGAAUCCUUUGACUUUAGAAUGAUUGUAUAGGAUUUCAUGAUCGCAGUGAUGUCCAAUGCAAUUUUAGCAUAUGCAUUUUUCUUGAUUGUUUGAUUUCUUGGUUUGUUAUCAAUGUCCUAUCAAAAAAAUCCCACACCUAUUUGGAAGCAGUCAGGUUAAUCGAUAUUUGGCAUGCUAUUGACGAACUUUCCCACAUGUAACGUACAGAUAGGCACACCUCAAUGCUGGAAGACAAGUGACCUUCAAAGAACUUAGACUGUGCAAAUGGUCACACGAGCUGGCGUCGUCGUCUGCUGAUUGGUCACCAAGGUCACAAAAGCUAGCAUGGUCGUCUGCAGAUUGUCGGCAACGUCACACAGGUAUUGAGAACGGGGCAUCUAAAUUCAGACAAGCACAGCAAGUAUGGACCUAGAAACAGCAGAAACAAUAAUCUUGCACCAGAGAAGGAAGCCUAACAGUCAACUGUGAAUCUCAUUGUGAAUCUCACUGAAUCACGGUGAGUCGUAAUCUGAAAGCCGCCAUGUUUAUUUCUGUGGGCACAGAUAAGAGAGAGUGUCUUGAUAACGUGUUGUAUACCUGUCUUGAUCAGUACAUGCUAUUGCUGACUUUAACAACUGUUUAAACUUUAUGAAAAAAAAACUAAAAUUGUGUAUCAGGAAUAUAGCCAGUGCAAUUUUAGACCAAAAGUGUUACUGACGAAUCCACCUGUUCAUAAAAUGUAUUAUUUAUUAAAUAAAUCUAUGCUCUAUAUAAUUUGAAAUUUCAUUUCAAAAAAUAUUUUGAAGUGAGAUUCGCGGUUGCUUUUAUGCACGUCACAGAGAACUUUUAACAGCGUGAACAUGUUUUGAUGUUAGUGUUUAUUAAAUUUGAUGACAACACCUUAUACCUGUGCAUAACGUCUAAUAGAAAUUGCGUUCAACAC